CCUUCCUUGGAUUAGCAGUAUCACAGUCACCGACCUGCCGUUCCCUCCCUUUCUUGCCAGGAUGUGACACAGGCUUCGGGAAGGCUGCAGCGCGGCGUCUGGACGCCCAGGGUUUUGAGGUGUUUGCUACGGUGUUGGAUCUGUGUGGUGAGGGAGCCAGGGAGCUCCAGAAGACCUGCUCCCCUCGUCUCACCCUGCUACAGGUGGACAUCACCCAGCCACAGCAGGUCCAACAGGCUCUUCUAGACACCAAGGCCAAACUGGGCCUCAGAGGCCUGUGGGGUUUGGUGAAUAAUGCAGGAGUAUGUGUUAACUUCGGGGAUGCAGAGUUGUCUCUGAUGUCUAACUACCGUGGCUGUAUGGAGGUGAACUUCUUUGGGACUCUGAACGUCACCAAGACAUUCCUGCCUCUGCUGCGUCAGGCCAAGGGACGCAUCGUCACAAUCUCCAGCCCUGCAGGAGAGCAGCCGUUCCCCUGUCUAGCAGCGUACGGAGCCUCCAAGGCAGCUCUCAACCUGUUCAUCAACACACUGCGCCACGAAAUGGAACCCUGGGGGGUCAAAGUGUCCACCAUACUGCCAUCCUCAUACAAGACAGGUCAGUCCGGUAACCAGGAGUACUGGGAGAGUCAGUACAAGAGCCUGAUCCACAACCUGUCCGCAGGCCUGCUGGAGGAGUACGGGGAAGACUACACGCACGAGACCAAGGAGCUCUUCCAACAUUUUGCCCAGUCGGCUAACGAGGACCUGUCACCAGUCAUCAACACCAUCAGCGAGGCACUGCUCUCCCCCCGGCCCUUGGUCCGAUACUACGCUGGGCCCGGCGUGGGCCUCAUGUACUUCGUUUAUAGUUAUUUCCCUCUGAGACUCUCAGACAAGUUCCUCCAGAGACUAUUUGUCCAGAAGAAGAUCAUCCCACGAGCGCUGAGGAAAGAGAACAACAACAACAACAACAACAUCAACAGCAACAACAACGUGGAGAAGAUAAAGAAGUAAAAUAAUGAGAUGUGUGUUUGUUUUUUAAGGUUAAAAGUGGAAGCUGUAGGACCCACUUACGUCAGGUAAAACCCGCUCAUCGUGUUGUUGUCUAUUUUGGUUUGAAUAUUGUGGUUUUUGCGUUGGUGUUCAUAUUGAAGGGCUCAUUAUAUUGGUGUUCACAUUGAAGGGCUCAUUAUAUUGGUGUUCACAUUGAAGGGCUCAUUAUAUUGGUGUUCAUAUUGAAGGGCUCAUUAUAUUGGUGUUCAUAUUGAAGGGCUCAUUAUAUUGGUGUUCAUAUUGAAGGGCUCAUUAUAUUGGUGUUCAUAUUGAAGGGCUCAUUAUAUUGGUGUUCAUAUUGAAGGGCUCAUUAUAUUGGUGUUCAUAUUGAAGGGCUCAUUAUAUUGGUGUUCAUAUUGAAGGGGUCAUUGAAGAUGAGUAUUUGAGUGGCUUUCCCUCCCGGUAGACGGCAGACACCAACAUAGCUGGCACACAGAGACAAAUAUUUAGAGAGUUUGUCCCAACUUUUAGAACGGACGACAUGUUAGCACCUUAAUAUGCUGUAUGGUUUUGCUGGCACCAACACGGCUGGCACCAACACGGCUGGCACCAACACGAUGGCACCAACACGAUGGCACCAACUCGGUGGCACCAACACAAUGACACCAACACGGCUGGCACCAUCACGAUGGCACCAACACGGCUAGCACCAACACGGCUGGCA